AUGGCACGUGAAAUGCGUUUUCUGUAUGUAUUUGGUCUCCUACCAGAUCGUAAAAGGUCGACGUAUCAACAAUUAUUCAAAGUAUUAGAAGAUUUAGCCAUGUCGAUGAAUCGUACAUUUAAACCAAACCGUAUAUUAAGCGAUUUUAAGCCACGUCUAAUUCCAGUCGUGGCCAGUGAAGUAAUUACCCUACAACAUCCUUAUCGAGCUAUACUUGUUCUUUCUUGA